GCUUGUCCUGGAAUCGCCGCUAAGGAGCUCCACCAGUCCCUUCUUUGGCUCGCAGAUCUGCCAAUCAGAAACACGCCGCUGCGCUCAGUUCUGGAGAGGUUAAGGAGCAGCGCCGGCCGAUUAUCAGCAACAGCGUUUUGCUGAGUGAAACAAUUGUAUCUGGCGUCUCCCUUGUGCUGUUGAAAAAAAUCGCAUUUCUCGAUGUAACGUUGUGAAAAUUAUGUAACUCUUCAUUUUGAGAUGGAUUUAUUUUCCGGAUUAUACUAGAAGAUCAUUUUCUGCAAGGACGGGAAGGGAAGGAGUCUGAUGUAUGAGACACAGAGAGCCGUCCAGUUCGUCUCCUCUCAUGGAGAAACCCCACUCACCACUCAGCACUAUGAGGAGAACCAAGGGUGUCUGCAGUGGUUCUCUUAGGUGUGGGGUGGGGAUUCUGGUGGUGAUCACCUUAGCGUCUCUAGUCGCCUUCAUGUUGGAAACCUCCAGGACCAACGGGAGUCACACCAUCUGGAACACGUACACCGUGGAUCCCAAUCAUGUCAAGCUGGUACACUCCUUCGUUAAACAAGUCCUGCAGCGGGAAUGCAAGCCCUCUUUCGCCAGGAAGGAGAUGGAAGCGAGAUUCAGCACUUCCAUCCAAGUUCAGGAUCAUUUCCUUUCCAAGAACUCCCAGUUCACAGAGACAAUAUUUCAGUACCCACCGCCAUUUGGGUUUAAGGACUUAGGCGGGAAACUGCUGGAAGUCCUGAGCCUUUUUCCUAGCCCUGCCAAGGAAGAGGCUGCCAAGUCCUGCCGGCGUUGUGUUGUAAUUGGAAACGGAGGAAUACUACGGGGCCUGGAGCUGGGAAACCUGAUCGACCAGUUUGAUGUGGUUAUCAGGUUAAACAGUGGCCCUUUGCGCGAGUUCAGUAAAGAUGUUGGCAAUAAAACGUCGAUCAGGAUGAGUUAUCCUGAGGGCAGCCCGGUGGUGUGGGAGGACGUUGACCCUGAGGUGCAGUUCGUGGCCGUGGUCUAUAAAUCGGUGGAUUUCAGCUGGGUGAAGGCGAUGAUGAAGAAGGAGAGGGUGUCGUUCUGGGACUGGCUGUUUUUCUGGCAGAGGGUGCCUGAAGAAAUCCCCAUAGGGAUCUCACAGUUUCGAAUCUUGAACCCUGAAAUCAUUCGACAGACGGCACUGGACCUGCUCCACUUCCCUGCUCCACAGCCGAAAAUCUGGGGGUGGGACCAGAACGUGCCGACCCUGGGAAUCAGCGCUCUCAACCUGGCCACGUACCUGUGCGACGAGGUCAGCUUAGCGGGCUUUGGGUACAACCUCAGCCAGCCAAGGGCUCCGCUACACUAUUAUGAAGAUGUUUCCAUGGACGCCAUGCUGGUGCAGCACAUGCACGACGUGGACACCGAGAGGACACUCAUCGGCAGCCUGGUGCGAGCUGGCAUCAUGUCGGACCUUACUGGAGGAGUUCACUGCAGCUUCUGCGGGAACGAUGAAAGCUAACGCUGAAGGAUUUCUCGCUCUACUUGAUUUUUCAAGUGUCUUUCAUCCUUAGAACUGACAGUGAUGAAGAUUAUUUAUUCAAUAUUAAUAGAAUAUUUCUCAUUGAGAAUUCAAAUACAAAGAAUGAGGCCUGCUUACUGCUCAUUCUUGGACAUGAACUUUAUUUAUGUAGAGGUGUUACAUGCUACUGUGGAGUCCUGUAAAUGAGUUGCACCUCAGAAACCCAUCUUUUUGUUAAAGAUUUUUCUUUUUACUUGUACAUAUUUCAAGAACAGUUAUGAACUUUUUUAAGGUGCUUUAUUAAUUUGUUUCAAUUUGUAUUUAUUUGUUUUUCAUGUUGACUUUUCAUAUAGUCUUUUGGAUUAGGACCAUAUGUGUAUUUUCAGUAUUAUCAAUGAAUUGAGUCUUCAGAAUUUUUUUUAACAGCAAAUGUAAAAGAAGCAUGUACUUUAUAGAUUUUUAUUUGAAAAUUCUUGCAAUAUCCGCCCUCUGUUAAAAUCAUUCAUCCUUUUAAUUUGUAAAUCAUUUUUUCCGUAAUUUUGUACAGUAUUGGACUUCUGUACCUUAUUAGAUUCCGAAUUUCUGUUAAAUACCAUAACAGUGUUUGUCAUUCUUUUACCCAAAGAUAAAUUGUUAAAAAAAGCUAUCGGUUGUACUAAUUAAACUAAGGUAAAACAUAUGAGGCACUGAACUAGAAUACUUGGCUCCAUAGCUGUCACAGGAUGAGUCUGCUUGAACGGGACUAAUUUGUUUUUUACCUCAUAUCGUCAUCAGAUCAAAAAUAUUCUGUUUGUUUUCUCAUGUUGGCUGUUCAUAUGUGCUUUUAAUAUCGCCUCAAACGUGAAUAGGGUGUUUGUAUGUUGACGAUCUAAUAUGGUGCAAUGGACUCCAGCAUUUCUGACUUCCCAGAGAAUGUCUGCAUUAUUGUCUGUGAAUAAAUGUAGAGCCUUUUUUGUUUUGUGUAUAUUACUGAAAACCAUUACAGUGUUCUUUUUGUAAAAGUGCUGUGUGAUUGUGUAAUUUUCUAGUUGCUUUUUAUAGCAUGAUUGCAGUUUACGGAAUAAUUCUAAGAAACGUCUCUGUGCUUUGCGUGCAAGUUUGUGUAAAUCUGAUCAAAGCAAAUCUGAUCAGACUGAGUGGUGAUCCAUCUGUAACAAUGGCUGCCAUCCAGUCAUUCAGGUAAAAUCUUAGUAGUACCUUGACUUCUGUAUGUAUAGUAAAAAGAGAGGGGUAUUUGUUUUUUUUCCUACAGUGUGGCACAUUAGCUUCCUACUCUAGUCUAUACUCAACUGUUAGAGAAUCGUAAAGGAACAAAUACUUGUUAUACAGAUACCUGUAUAUUACUUUGGUUUACAUAGUGCAAUAAAACAAGACCGUGUAUAUCCAACUUGCAUGAAUAUGUAUACAAUUAAGCCACUUUGAACUGUAUUCUUCAGUAACACUGUGUGCAUAAUCUUAAUACGUCAUAUUACAGACCCUCAAUAUAUUUUUGAGAUUAAUCUAAGACACAUUUAAGUUACAAGAACCAUCGCUGUUAAAAAUAGUUUAUCUUGCCGGGCUUGAAAAGGUACAGUGCAGUGAAGCAAUGAACUGCGUCAAUUCAAGUCCAUGAUGGCACCCUACCUAUCUGUUGUAGUGAAAAACAUCCUUUUAAAGAGGAGCUUCUGUUCUAAUUUCUCAGACUGGUUAUUAAAGCACAGUAACAAAUUGAUGGUAUUGCAAAAUUUUACAAAUUCCAACAUAGCACAAAACUGUGAACUUUGUGAAAGUACUGUAUAGUUGCCAUUUUGUUGCAAACCCCUAGUCUUGUCACACGCAAGGGCAAGAGUUUGCACAAAUUGUGAUGUGAAGUGGCCCUUCCUGCUCACUAAUCACAAUUGUGAUGUGAAGUGGCCCUUCCUGCUCACUAGUCACUGUAAUGACUGAUGUAAUGUGAUGUACAAGUGAAUAAGUACAUAGUGUGCAGGAGACAUUUCAUCACAGAAAUGUUUCAAUGUGACGAAGGGUGAUGAAAGGCAUUAGGCGGGCAGGUGCUUACUCCGUGAGUCUGAUGAUGUCUUAUUACACUAUUGACAACAAAUUGAACAACUUUAAGAAAUCAAAAUAAUUGACAAGAUUGCAAAAAAGUAACUGAAACCAGCUUGAUUUUAAUGGAAAUAAGAUAAGGCAUACAGUACUUUUAAGAAAUUCUGUGAUACUUGUGAUACAGCUUGUUUUUUUGGUAUUGUUUUUUUCCAUAAAAAGCAGUUGCUUAAAUUCUUAAUUUAAAAUCUAAAAAUGGUUACAAAUGUGAGGAUGCCAAUGUAGCCUGUUUUAUUCCUUACUUGAUAAAAGUAUCUCAUCUAGCUGCUUCUUGAAAGAAGCCAGGAUUUCAACUUCAACUACAUGCCUUGGUAUUUUGUUCUAGACUCCCUUUGGGUAAAGAGAAGUCUCCUUUUCUCAGUUUUAAAUUCCACUUAGUUUGCACUUGCUUUAAACACGAGCUGGAGAGCACAAGUGGAAGUGCAAUUAAACUGGAGAAUUACUUUC